UACUGUAGAUUAAAGUCAUGUCUGGUCGGGGUAAGCAAGGAGGCAAGGCCCGCGCCAAGGCCAAGUCGCGCUCGUCCCGCGCCGGCCUGCAGUUCCCGGUGGGGCGCGUGCACCGGCUGCUGCGCAAGGGCAACUACGCGGAGCGCGUGGGCGCCGGCGCGCCCGUGUACAUGGCGGCCGUGCUGGAGUACCUGACGGCCGAGAUCCUGGAGCUGGCGGGCAACGCGGCCCGCGACAACAAGAAGACGCGCAUCAUCCCGCGCCACCUGCAGCUGGCCAUCCGCAACGACGAGGAGCUCAACAAGCUGCUGGGCAAAGUGACGAUCGCGCAGGGCGGCGUCCUGCCCAACAUCCAGGCCGUGCUGCUGCCCAAGAAGACCGAGAGCCACCAUAAGGCGAAGGGCAAGUGAAACUGACGUCAGUCCAAAACGG